ACCGGGGUGUGACAGGAGGCGCUGUUGCACGUUUGGGAGGGUCAGAGCAAUUGGUCACUUUACACCACCGUUUAAGAACUAUUUGAAGUUAGCCAAAACUGAGACUACCUUUAAAAAAAGUGUUCUCUUUAGUCUAUUAUUUAAAAGCUCAAGAAAUAGUACAACACGAACAGCAAAGUGACUAAAGCUCCAAAACAGAAUGAGGUUCUUGUUGGUCUUUUUUUUUAGUCCACGAACUUAAAAAGUGUAGUUUAUUUACCUUUUGGUGCUGCGUUCUCACAGGCCCCAUUUCUUAAAAAAAACAACCAAUUGAAACAAAAAUUUAAACUGUCGUUUAAAAUAUUUGUUUUAAUGUGUUGUGUUCAGUAAUUCCAGGUUAAUUUCAUGUGUAAAUUAUAUGGUGUUUAGCAGUUUUAGAGCUAGUUGUACUGAAACUGCUAACUGCAUUCUGAGCAUUCUGUCUGAAUGAAUGAAUAUUGAUAAAUAAUAAUGAAUAUUUAUUUAAUAUUUGUACUUUCUUAAAUAAAAAUAUUGGGACAUUUGGGAAACUGUACUGUAAACAUUUAAGGUUUUAGGUCAGAAAAUACACACUGAAACUGUUAUUAUCUCUCUGUUGUCCUUCAUAAACAAGAAAGUGAAUUUGUAAUAGCACUUAUUAACUUCAAAUUAUAAUCCCAAUCUGUCACAAAUGGCAGUGUUGUCUACUGUUAACCCCAAAAAAACACAUCUUUAUCAAAUAAUUCAGCACUAGUGAAGCUCUACCUACAGUAUUGUAAGUUAUUGCUAACGCUAUAGCUACUACUUUUUCAAUUUCUGGUGUCUUUAUCUCAACUCCAUCCUCACAAAUGUUUGUAAACCAUUUAUUCUCCAACACCAAAGUCCAUAGAGAAAACCAGUAAUUGUAGCUAACAGUCCAGUGCUGGCUCCAUGACUAAGUUUAAUUGUUUUAUUCUUCAAACGUCACCGUUUGAAAUGCGUGUCCAGAUUUAUUCUAGCUACACAAACUGACCAAAGGAGUCAGCAGUGGACCAACAGGUGUCCCCCGUGAGCUCAGGUCACUGAUUCUUCUCAGUGUACAUGAGCUGGUUUGAAUAAAUGUAAAUACAAUACAACGCAGGUAUUCGAAGCAGAGUUUUAGAGUCACUGUCGGUAUCUAACUUUUCUAAAUAAGUAGUUCAAAGUUAUUAAGACAAAGUACACACUCUUCCACUGGAGUCCACAUAUAUUAUUUAUAAAGCUAUUGAGUUUUUUCCCUCUAAUGGGACUUUAAGGCACGGCCCAGGUUUUCUUCUUGUCUCACUGUGUUUCCGUCUCAUUGGCUCAAACCUCUGCGAGGCACUUUGAGGCACCACAGGCUGCGAAUUCACUCAAAGAAGCCUCUGCUCUGUCUUUAAUGCGGUUCUUUUUAACAUCAUUGUUUUGACAGUCAACAUCAUUUUGAUUAGCGUACGACAAUUGCCGAAUUGCCGAUUUGCCGAUUAAGACAAGCUGCCGAAGACUGAAUCGAUUAUUGGUCCACAUUUAGUAACUAAACAUCGUCAAAACGUCCCGCAACAUCAUCUUUGUAAGCAAACUCUGCGCAGACGUACCAUGUCACGCGUGUUAAGAACCAACUAGGAUAACCAGUAUUUUGGUCAACACAAAACUGAAAUUGACCCCUAACUUAAAAGGAAGGUUAAUCUGCAUAGUUACCUCUAGGGCUAAAAGAGUCAGGACAAAAGAAAAGACAAGAAUCUUUAGUGAGCAGCAUUUCUAAAGUGAAAACACCCAGUUGAGUGGAGUCAGCAGAGAAAGAGCAGACUGGGUUGGACGAACAGCAGAAACUGAAACAACAACUAGCGCCAACCAAAACCACAGAAGAACUCGGAACUCACGAAAACAUCUCUUACAGCAGGAGUCAGCGAAGUCAGUUGACAACCGGAAAGUCCUUAACUUACACAUAUUAGAAUGACAACUUAAAAUGUCUAAAACCACGCAGGUGUGAUGUCAUGAUGUUCCCACGUGGCUUUGAUGACAAAAGGAAAAAGACGAAGAUGCGGAAAAGCUGAAGCUAGUUCGCGCCAACUAAUGUAAAUAAUCAACGACGAUCAAACUACUUUGCUGACAUGACAGUCUAUCCGUCCAAGUCGAACUCUUUCUUCUUCAUUCAACUAGAAGAGCACCGUAGCGGAGAAGCAAAGACAACCAUCGCUAGAAGAUGAGAUCGGUAGAAAACCUGCUCAUUCGGCACUUCCGAGGAAAUCACUUCUUAAAGGGAUGUAUUUAGAAUGUAACACAGAAGGACAAGAUAACAUCCGACAAGUAAACACCGGUUUGGAUGCGCUCUUUUUAAACUGUCGUAAAUCAUGUGAAAGAUGGCAGUGCAGGAGCGGGAGAUCUCAGACAUCAAGCUGCAGGACGGCACUCCGCUCGUGCAGAACAGGUUCAUACUGAUGGUCAGACACGACCCUCUGCCGGCGCCGUACGGUGACGUGCUCUUUACCGUGCUGUACCUGGCGGAGUAUCUCUGCGGCGUCUUCCUGUGCAGACGAUACGAGAGAACCAACGACGUCACUUGGUUGAGCUUCACCAUCGUGUUCAUGGCACUUCCUGCUCUGCUCAUCCAGCUCACGCUCACCUUCGUACACAGGGACCUGGGCCGAGACCGACCAUUUGUCCUCUUCCUGCAUCUGCUGCUGCUCGGCCCAGUAAUCAGGUGUUUCGAGGCUCUCUGGGUGUAUUUCAAAGCUGGAAAGAAGGAGGAACCAUACGUCACCAUCUCCAGGAAGAUCCAGUUGAAGAAAGGCCAGAACACGCCCAUGGAGUGGGAGAUCAGCCAAUCGGAACGCAAACUGGCCACACACAGGGAUGCCUUCAAGCGCACCGCAGUCAUCCAGGCUUUCUUGGGCUCCACCCCUCAGCUGACGCUGCAGCUCUACGCCACCAUCCAGGAGAAAUACGUGAUGCCGCUGAGAUUGGCACUGAUGAUCAUCACCCUCAUCUCCAUCACCUACGGCGCUCUGGUCUGCAACGUCCUGGCCAUCCAGAUCAGAUAUGACGACUAUAAAGUGCGUCUGCGUCCUGCGGCGUACCUGUGCAUGAUUGUGUGGCGAGUCCUGGAGAUCGCCACCAGAAUCACAGCACUGGUUCUUUUUAGCACGGCGCUGUCUCACUGGGUCAUCCUGGUGGGCAUGGUGAACCUCCUCUUCUUCUUCUUCCUGCCCUGGGUGGAGUUCUGGGUGAAGAAGGGCUCGUUGACGGAGAACGUGGAGAAGAACUUCUCCAAAGUGGGUACCACGGUGGUGCUGGGCAUCUUCACGCUGCUCUACGCGUGCAUCAACAUCUUCUGCUGGUCCGCGGUCCAGCUGGAUCUUUCUCACCGAGACCUCAUCGAGAAGAAGCAGCGCUGGGCCCGACUGGCCGCCUACUACUGCGGACGCUUCGUGGAGAACUUCCUGCUCAUCACGCUCUGGUACUUCUACAAGUCGGACUUCUACGAGUACGUGUGCGCGCCGCUGCUGUGCGUGCAGCUGCUGAUCGGCUACAGCCUGGCCGUGCUCUUCAUGCUGCUCUUCUACCAGUUCUUCCAUCCCUGCAGACGCCUCUUCAAACACAACAUCCACGACUGCCUGCACUGCGUGUGCUGCCAUAACGGCCGCAGUCGAACCAGAACAGUGCCAGUUGACCUCCCGCCCUCUUACUCUGCUGCCGCCACUAUGGUACUGAUGACGCCGGAGCGGCAGGAAACCCAGGAGGAGCCGGAGGUGCAGAACACCGAGCCUCAGGAAUCAAGCGAAAGAGACAACAGAGUCGAACUGAUGGAAGCUGCUUGACGACGGUCAGAUCUCUGCCAAGUGCAUUCUGGGAAAGGCCUUAACUAGUUUUACUCGAAUGCUGCGUUGAAUUUGUGACUUGUCGGCAUUUACAGGACAAAGUGUGUGUACUUUUAUUGCAAAACAAACAGCUGUGACCCACAGAUGGUUCUGACCCACAGAUGGUUCCGAGGAGCCUUUGUCGCUGCACCGAUGUAAAUAAAUCUUACACUGGAUAUUAUUGUCACUAAAAUUUAAAAAAAAGGGUAUUUAUUUUUAAAUUUUGUUCACUUUCUAAUUUAUCUGAAAUAAGCUUUGACUCCAAAGGUUUUCAGGUUUUUACAGUAAUAUACUGCAUUACAAAGUCAACACUUUAGUAAAAAAGAAAAUGUAGUUGAAUUUAUGGACUAAAAUAUCACCCUGAUCUAAGGUCAGCAGCUGUAUUUUCUGUUACAUUUGCAAUACACUGAGACACUAUUUACACUGCACUUCCUGUACAGCAGUUUUUUCUGUUUCAUUGGGUUCUUCGCCCCCAAGACAUGCCCACACAGAAAAGGCAAGGGUAGCGGGGUGCCCUGAUGAGUGACUGUACUAAUAAAAAAGGUCAGGUCUCACUCAUGAUUUGAAACAAAUGAGUAGCAUGCUGAGACGAGGACCAAGGUCAAGGACUAAGACCCGGGUCUAUGACAGAAAACCUUUAGAACAUAUUUCUUCAGGUUUAGUCUUUAGCAAGUUUAAAAGAAAAAAGUUGGGUUUUUUGCUGAUGACGUGUACGAAUGUUGUGAGUGAACGAGUGUUUGAAAUGACUGGACGAGUGAACGAUGUAAAUAAAAAUGAAUAAAUUAAAUAAAUGAACAAUGUAAAACAACGACACUGUGCCGAUUUCUCCUCAGUCUAAAAAUGUAUUUUUCAGUUCAAAGGGGAAAAAAAAUUGUUGCUUCUUUUUUCAUUUAGAAAUAGUGAAUUGUGCAAUCAAAUGUUCUACAAACUGAAUCAGUGACACUGAAUGGACUUUCCUAAUAAAGGGAACUCAUGUUUUUUCUAUGCUCAGUUGCUGUGCCUUUAUGUUUCUGACUGACUUGAAAUUAAAAUUAAAUUAAAAAGAAUACAACCUU